CAACAUGUUCGUCCACAACAACUCCAAACAUGGCCGACGGGCCCGCAGGCUCGACCCGGUGGAAGGAACGCCGUCUUACCUAGAACACGGAGCAGCUCCCUGCAUUAAAGCCAUCAGCCCCAGCGAGGGGUGGACUACGGGGGGCGCUACAGUCAUCAUCAUAGGAGACAACUUUUUCGAUGGUCUCCAAGUCAUCUUCGGUACCAUGCUGGUUUGGAGCGAGCUGAUCACGCCGCAUGCCAUCCGGGUGCAGACGCCUCCCAGACACAUCCCCGGGGUCGUUGAGGUCACUCUUUCUUACAAGUCCAAGCAGUUCUGCAAAGGCACACCAGGACGGUUCAUAUACACAGCACUGAAUGAGCCAACCAUUGACUACGGUUUCCAGAGGCUUCAGAAGGUCAUCCCUCGGCACCCUGGGGACCCCGAGAGGCUGCCAAAGGAGGUAAUUUUGAAGAGAGCAGCCGACCUGGUAGAGGCCCUCUACGGUUUGCCCCAUAAUAACCAGGAAAUCAUCCUGAAGCGUGCAGCGGACAUUGCAGAAGCUCUCUACAGCGUUCCACGAGGACACACCCAGCUCUCCGGCUCUACCCACAGCGGCAUGAUGGGGGUCAACUCCUUCACAGGGCAGCUGUCCGUCAACGUCUCCGAACCCACACAGGCCAAUCAGGGUUUUGUGCGCAGCAGCAGUAGUGUGUCACCUCAUGGUUACGUGCCCAGCUCCACGCCUCAGCAGACCAGUUACACCUCAGUUACCAGCACCAUGAACGGCUACGCUAACAACACUGGCAUGACCAACCUAGGAGGCUCGCCCACUUUCCUCAACGGCUCUGCAGCCAACUCGCCUUAUGCUAUUGUCCCAUCCAGUCCCACUAUGGCCUCUUCCACCUCUCUCCCCUCCAACUGCUCCUCCUCUUCUGGUGUCUUCUCCUUCUCUCCGGCCAACAUGGUGUCGGCGGCCGUUAAGCAGAAGUCUGCCUUCGCUCCAGUGGUCAGGCCCUCUUCUUCCCCUCCGCCCUCCUGCACUAGUGCCAACGGCAACGGGCUCCAAGAUCAAACAUUUGUGGACUCUAGCAAGUACUCA